AGAUGGAUUCAUCUUUUUUCAUUUAAAUACGGAGUACGUUUUAAUUUAAUUUCAACCCAAAAAUGAAAUUCAUUCAUUUACUCUGCCGACUCCCGCCGGCCCACAACCCUCUCUUUAAAACAAUAAUUUCUGGUCGUCAUCUUCACAAAUUCAGUUCAGUUCAAAUCACCUAACUCUGUAAUUUCUUAACUUCCUCAUGCUCAGAUCAGAUCCACACCCACAAACCCAGAUGAUAAUUGCCCAGAAAAAUGAUAAGUUCUUCUCGAGGCUUUUAUCAAAAGAAGAAAAAUCCUCUGCCAAUAAAGAAUCCUCUUUCAGAUUCUUCUCCUGCGAGUCCUCAAAAAGCUCCAUCCCUUUCCGGUGGGAAUCCCAGCCCGGAACCCCCAAACACCCCCUCUCCGCCGCCUCCCUCCCGCCCCUCACGCCGCCGCCGUCCUACCACUCCUCAUCCUCCCCUGCCUCCGCCCGCCUGAAAUCCUCCUCCCGCGGCGGCGGCGGCUUCAUCGCCCGGAGCUCCUCCCUGCCCACCAAGCUUCUGCAGAUCCCGCUUUCUUUCUCGCGGCGUUACUCCUCCAAGAAGGCCGUCGCCCCGUCGAUUUCGUCGUCGUCCUGUUCGUCGUCGUUCUCGUUGCCGCCGGCCACCCCGACGCCGGAUUCAAACGGCCGGAGAAAAGGGUCGGGGUCGGAUUUCCGUCUGAGGGUCGAGGAGAUGUUUAGGGACAACGUCGGCGGCGAGCAGCAGCCGUGCUCCGGUGACGGAGGCAUUGGUCCCGGCGGACAGAGCUCAAAGAGUCUCCGUGCCAGCAGGUCAUGGUUAUGCUUCAACAAUUUAUGAUCUAUAUAUCAUAAUAAUGUAAAAGUUUUAAUUUCUAGUACUAUUAUUUUGGUUUGGUAAUAAUAUUAGAUUUUUACUCAGUGUGAUGGACUGAACAUAAAAAUAAAUAUGCAUGGAUGCAUCAUAUUGGGUAUAAGUUUGAAAUGUAAGAAAAAUUAAUUUGUCCUCAAGUAAAAUUUAUUGGGUAUAGUACCAAAAGUAAACAUUUUUCUAGUUG